AUGUCUGAAGGUGCCUACAUGGUCUUCACCUCCCACAUUCAGUCCACGGGGCUAGCCUUGACCCAGUACAUGGAGGGCAACUCCGUUAGGGGGCUGGAAAUCACGGGCUUGCCAUUCGCAGCUGAGCUCCAAGAGCUGCAGAACAUGUCGAUAGCCUUUUCUGGCUUGACGCACGUGAAAGCAGCCUACUACUCAAGAGUCCCAGCCCUUCUAUGGUCCUCGCAGCAUGGUGAGUUUCUGCUCGCACAAGAAUUCUCACAAAUCGAGCAAGACCCGCAAAAGCACCUUGCCGCCUUCUUGUUCGAGGUUUCCGAAGGCACCCCGAUGAAAGACAUGGAAGCUUUCAGGCAACUCACAGAUGGCAGCCAAACAGAGAGAGCAAUAUGGAUCCCAUGCUUCAUGUCGCACUUCCUUGCCCAAUGUAAAAUUACCUCGCCUGCUUGUGGGGUUCUUUCACGGUGGCUGGAAGGCAUGAAAGCUGCCGAGAAUAAGGAUGGCAAGGCAUGGGAGAAGAUCAUCGCGGUUGCCUUCGGCUUGCGCUACGUUUGGCAGCAGAUGGGCGGCGAACCGCACAGCUGGCUGCAUGGACAUGAAGGGGCAGCAAUCCAGUGUCUGGAUGCCGACCCAGAGGCGACAAAUGUCGAGAGCGCAAUUCAGAAGCUGCCAGAACCAUUGCAGUACCCAACCCUGCAGUUGGUUCUCCCGAGCCACGCACAGUUCAAGGCCGUAGACCUGUUCGCUGUGAGGAGAGAUGCAGACAGUACUGACUUAGUCAUGGUGGCGCAGCAGAAGGAAGGCGGAGCCAGUGUAAGCAACCACCCACGGCCACAGACUGCGAAGCAUGCCUACUGGAUGAGAGGAUCGUCGACGCAAAACGCAAAGACGAUAGAUGGAUGGUUCCUGCCCUCGCAAAGCGAGAUUGAAACGUUCUUGGGACCCUCAUUGGCAGUUGCAGCACCAGCCACCUGGCGGGAUCCGGUAGACUAG